AUGGAGGAGCUGAGAACUGCAAUUACGCUUCUUGAGCCUGACAUCACUUUGGAAUUGGCGAGUGAAUUAAACAAGAUGAAAGUAGAUGUGAUUGAGGGUGUGAUGGAUGUUUUGGAGAAGUCAGUGGGAAGAACGGGCAACAAUGCGAGAAAUGGAGAGAAAAGCGAUGCCAACAUUUUGCAGAAGAAGCAUGGGGAGUCUGACGUAUCUGCGGGGAAUCCUCAUCAGAACCAGGUAAAUGUGAUCUGUCCUGAAGAAGUUCGGAGUAUCAUUUCAGGUGUACUUGGAGAUCUCAAACAGGUCGCAAUUGAUAUAGAUGCUGGUGGUGUCGAAGAUGUUGCUGGCCUCAAUGGUAAUUCUUCUGAAGUUGGAGACAAUAAUGUUGUUGCACCUUUGAUAGUCAAUGGGAUGGCAUCCGGAGAUGUUGGUGCUAAGAGUAUUGAUAAUUGUCUACAACGCCUAACCGUAAAUGAGGAAGAUCGAGCAAUUGGGCAACCUGGCGGUAGAGAGACUGAUGUUGCGGCUCAGAUAGUUGGGGAUUCAGUUGCUAGUCUUGUUGGGGACUAUCGGUGUGAUAAGCGGAUGCUUCAUCGGGCUAGGGAAUCCCAUCUCUUUGGUAUUGGGGAUGGUCAAGCUGAGAUUUACGCCAACAAGUUUGUGAAAUUGAAUGAGAAGCUAAAGGAUGCUCGGAAAGUUGGUUCUAAUGUGGCAUCCAAGGACUUUAUUGACUUUGCUGGACGAACAAAGUCUUUGCAGCCAAAGAUGGUUGACUUACUUAUCCACCAUACAUGGUCACUUUUGGGGAAAUUUGGGGCUUACGUGCCGAAAAAGUUUGAGUUUUUCGACAACAAAUUUGUCUCAUGUCUUGUGAAAAAGUACUCCAAGUUUUCGAAGAACCAAAAGAAGGAAACGCACCUGUUCCCUAAGCAAGGUGUGCAGUACUUCAGUGAGGAGAACAUUAAGAAUGUUGAUGUUGAUCGGUUUUACUUCCCGUUUAACUUCGAUAAAACCCAUUGGGUUGGUGUUUGUGUUGACUGCCCCUCUUCUAGCAUCAUCAUUUUAGACUAUGAUAUCGGCCUCCGCAAUGAUAACGCAAUUUCAAAGGAGCUAGGCUCGAUAGCUCUGUUGUUCCCAUAUCUUCUUAAGCAGGUUGGCCGGUUUCAAACAACCAAAGAAUUGAAAGCGUUUUCUGUUGAGAGGUCUAAAAGUAUCCCGCAAAAUGGGAACCAUAUUGAUUUUGCUGUAACGGUUGUCCUCUUAAUGCAAGCUCAUGCAAUUGGUGGUUUAGAAGUUUGUCGAUGCAUCACAGCUGACGUUAUUCCAUCAGAGUCAUAG